AUGGACUACAUCUACAUUUUCAGAUGCAAUGUUGUCAAUGAUCACAACAUCAUCCAUUGUGAGUAUGUGUCUUGCACAAUGAAGGCUGAGUUCAAGGACAAGCUCAAUGGUGCUGCACAGGGCUUUGGCGUGCUGGUGAUUGAUUGCAUUGAGGACAACUGA